AUGGCUGGAAAUUAUUUUUAUCAAGGAUGUGGAACUGAAAAAGAUAUUAUAAAAGCUAUAAAUUGGUUAAAUAAAGCAAAUGAAAAUGGGAGUGCAAUAGCUUGGGACUUAUUAGAAGAAAUAAUUGAUAGAUUAGCUUAUAAAUUAUAA